AUUCAUAACUGUAUAUAGAUAUAGACGUCGUCCUUGUGCUUGCAGAGAAAGAUAAAAACAGAAAAAGAUAAGGAACUUGCAGAGAAAGCAAAAAAGAAAGAAGAAGCGAAGAAGAGAAACUAAGAUUCAGAUGGCUUCCCAGACAAAUCAAACCGUGGUGGAUACCAAGAAAAUCGAAACCGAGAACCCGCCAAAACCGCAAGUGCCUGCAUCAUCAUGCAGGAAGAGGGUGAAGGAUGAUAACGCCACUUUCUUUGCAAACCUCAAGGAUCACAUGGAUGAAUUCAUACAUGCCUCAAUGGAUGAACACAAGACUUGUUUCAAAAACACCAUGGACAAGAUAUUCGGGAGCUUCUCCAAGGCGGAGGCAGUUGCAGAGAAGCAAAUUGAGGCUAAGGAAGUGGUCGAGAUUCACUCUCCUCUUCAGACAGCAGUGACUAAGUAGAGAUUUUCACAACUUGUGAGCUCAGAAAUAAUCAUGGAGUGUGUUUUCUUUUUUCAUGUAUUUGGGUGUUAAUACUCUUAGAACCUGCUUCUAUCUCUAACCCAUUCUAAAUCAGACAAUUUGUUUCUAGACCAUUGCGUUUAAUCAUCUAUACUAAUAUCAUUUAAUAUGCAAGUCUUUAUCAUUCCCUACUUACGUAUUAUUAUUACUUUGCUAUGAAAAUAUGACCAUGGACCGCCAAACUUAAAUAAAGUUACUGAUUUUUUUUGUGGGUUUGGCUUGAAACUCCG